AUGAAGUACGUCGUCACUGUUGUCCUCUGCGCCGUUCUGGUCGCUUACUGUAAUGCCUCAUCAUCGGUAGUCGCCGCUAAUGCAAGCUCAGUGCCUACUCCGGUGUCGAGUGCAGUUCCUGUAUCGAACGCAACGCAAGCUCCAACGACUGAGCCAGCCACAACGACCGCAGCAAGCUUUGGAUUCAAUAUUUUUCCCUCCAUUCUUGUUUUGAUUGCAGCUUUCUUGGUGGCUGCUCUCAAGUAAAGUUUUUUUCAAUGGUACAUGUAAGAACGGUUGCCGCCACACCUUCCUGAAUUGAAGAACUUUGCACCUCUAACGUUCAGUUUACCUGUUUCCUCAAGCUUUGGUUAAACAAGAGUUGUGGAUAUUAAUCCUGACAUUCUCAGACAAACUUAUUUAAUUCAAGAUUUCUAGCUUCUUGGCCAUUCUUGGACCAUGUGGCGUUUACGAAACUGACACUUGGCGAACGCAUGUAGAUGGCGUGGCCUUCAGCGGCACUGUUUAA